GCCGGAACAUUUAUCAAAUAUUUUGUCUGUAAUAUGUGAUCAGUUUGAACGUUCAUAAAUCUAAAGUACGAAAGCGAUGAAAAGUUUUAUCAUAAUACUAUCUCUACUUUUCGUGAUAGUAUUGUUUGUCAAUGGAACUGAAGGCAGAUUUCGAAUACCGGGUUUGUCAAAAAAUGUAAAAGAAUCGGCAAAAAAAGUAAACCCAAAAGAUCAAAUUGAAAAUGUAAAACAAUCGGCAAAAAAUGUGAACCCAAAAGAACAACUUAAAAAUGCUGCGUCAUCUAAACUUGGCAAGAAUUCAACAACAAAAGGCACAAAUGGGAAAUCCGAAUGGUCAAAAUGUUCGAAGACUUGUGGAACCGGUGUCCAAUACCGUACACAUGGUGUAUUGAGCGUGAAGCUUACAAGAAAAUGUUCGACUCGUCCUUGUGCUAACAAAUUUCUCGAUUUUUUCUCUUGGUGGUCAUCCUGGGGACCUUGUUCCGUGACAUGUGGAAGUGGACACAAAAGUCGGAGUCGAAAAUGUAUGAUACCGAAUACCUGUAACAAACGCGAAGAGAUGCAAUCAUGCAAAAGUAAUCCUUGUAAAAAUAUUUAAAGAAGAAUGAUUGAAUAGAAUAUGAACAUUUUACAAUUUUUCAAAACACUCUAUUAGACAUUAUCUUGUAUAUAUUUUUGGUGACGCCUAAUAUUCAAAAAUAAAGUCUGCCUAUUCAGAUAUUUGUUAUCCGUCUGUGGAAUAAAUUGUAGCAUUCAUACUUGUUAUGAUGUAUGCUAACGAAA